AUACAAUCUUCUGGCCAUAUUGUCUCAAAGUCGUUUAGUUUCCGUAGUUGACAGUCACAAGGCGAACGAUAAGCAGUACUCAAGUUGGUUUUCAUCAUUGAAAAAAUGAGUUUUUCAGGAUCUGAUGGUUACCGUGAUAGAAUGGAGAGUGAUUCAUCGAGUCAGGAUUCGCAACUUGAUCCAGAGGAGGAAUAUGUCAAUUGUUCAAUGGAACGUCUUCCAUGUUUUUAUCAUGCUUCGUCGAGGGAAACAUCAGAGAUUCUUCUUCAAAACUCCGACGAAGGUUCAUACUUGAUUAGAUCUGGCUCUGAGGCUGGACACUACACUGUCUCUGUGAGAGCAUCCGACUCAGUGCGACACUUUAAAAUUGAAUGCCAUGGCGAAAGUUACAGUUUUGGUCAAGCGUACUUUUGGAGUCCCGUAGAUGUCUGGGAACAUCUUAAAGAACAGCCAGUUCUUGAAGUGGGCGAAGGUAUUCGAGUUCAGCUUUUACAACCGUAUAAAAGCAAACCUUCAAACCGACCCGAGUACAGCAGUAUUUUUCGACAUUACGUACCAUCCAGGCAGAUUUUAGCAGAUGAAAACUCUGAGCCUACAAAGAAGCGAGUGAGCAGAACUGGCUCUACUACUACGUCUAAGAUUACAUCAUGGGAAGGCGAGUUACGAAAGAAAAAGGAAGGCAAGACAUGGAAGAGACGCUGGUGUAUUCUUAAAGAUCAUUACUUCAUGUACAAGAAGAAUGAAAACGCGUUAAAGACGCUGAAAAAGUUGGACCUUACGGACGCAAUACAAAUUGACGAUAAUUACAGCGAAGCAAAUGGCAAAAAAGAUAACUUUUUUAGAAUUAUAUUCCCAGACGUUUACUUUGUAUUUUAUCACGAAAAUGAUGAAUUGAAAAAAACCUGGGUGGAAAAUUUAAAACAAAAAAUAGAGGAAAGCAAACACAUGGCAAAGUUACACGAAAUAAAUGGAGGUGAUUGAUUAUGUAUCUCCAGUAUACAUAUAAAGAGAUGUUGGUUCAAGCAACAUUGAUUUUUAAUUUAUUAAACAAAACAUUUUCAGGAAUGUAAUUAAGAGACAAAAUAUAUAGGAUGGAUAAGAUCCUCUACAACAUAUCCAAUGUAAAAAGAUAUACAUAUGUAUAAUAGUAUUUAAUCAAAUUACUUAUAUAUAUUCAAACUGUGCACACAUUGCAGGGCAAUGGUUCAAGAUAAAAAUGCAUUAUGAAGUGACAAUAUUCUUUUUA